AUGCCGAGCGAAGACGCCAGCAAUGGCGAUGGUGAUGAUUGGCUUAUCGAACUCUUGUCCUGCCACCGGCCAGCGUCGUUGGGCCCCUAUGCUUGGCAAAAAGAAGCACAUCGUGGAAAGGAGUCUAGAGAAGUCGCUUUUGGUGAUUUCCUUGGUGAACUUGGUGUUACUCCAGAAGUUCGCUUUAGAAGCCGGACCCCUUAUCAACGUUUUGACCAAGAUGAGAUUCCACCAUAUUUGAAAGAUGAACAUCUGAAGGCGUUGAGCCGUACAUCUGAUGUGUUCCUGUCCAUCGAAAAACAGAAGAACAUGUCCUACAAACUUCCUAAAGCAAAGGCCACAGCAGGCCGGGUACUUGCACAUGCAAGCAUGACUUUCGAGGCCCUGUACCAGAAACACUUUCCAAUGAUCUGGAAGAUUGGGAUUACACACUGCGCUGUUUUUCGUUGGUAUCACAAACCUUAUGGAUAUGCCCACUCAGUUGAGAAAUACCAGCACAUGCACAUUAUCUUUGCAUCCCCAAGCCCUGUUGGGGCAGCCUUUCUCGAAGCAGCGCUCAUUGACAAGUACCGCAGUGCCCCGGCCAUGCAGUCCAUGGGGUCGCAGGGACAAAGAGUCAAAGGCUUGUAG